CCAAGUCAUUACCAUCUUGCACCCAGGCCCAUUACUCCAGCAUAAUUAUACGGUUUUUUAACUGAUUCGCUACGGUGCUAAUAGCAAUGGAGUACAAUCAAGAUGAGCUUGUUGCGCCUGUUUGGCUGAAUGAUGCUUUUUUCCUGAAAAUUAUAAGAGAAUUCGAGAAUGAUAGUGCCAUUCAGCUCAAGGCUAGCUGUGUGCUUCGGCCUGGUACGAAAGCAGGAGAUCAUUUCGCUAGUGUCAUGUACCGUACGCAGGUUCAAUAUCAGAUGGUCAGUGGUGUGGAAAAAUCGAUCGAUCUUAUCAUGAAGAUUAAACCAGCAAUGGAAGGAUUGAAGAAAGAGCUGCUGGAUAGCGACGGUGAUGAUUUCUUUGGUAAGGAAAUGCGUAUGUACGGAAGCGUUCUACCACAGAUGGCUCAGCUGUUGGCGACCAUUGGCGAAAGAUACGAGUAUCCAAGGCUAGUGUAUUCUUGCAAGGAACCGCAUAUAAUCAUUGUACUGGAGGAUAUAAGUGCUGGUGGAUGGACCAUGAAGGGCUUGGUGAAAUCCUAUGAGGAGCUCAAACCAACGAUCCGCAAUAUUGCCAAAUUUCAUGCCGCUUCUGUUGUUAUCGAGCAGAUGCACCCAUCAUUCAAAUCGUCGUUUAAAUGUACAACAUUGGAGACGUUUCGUACGAUGCAGCAAAUGACGGAUGCAUGUUUUAUUUCGUUCAUUCACUUCGUGCGAGAUACUUUGCAUCUACCAGACUUUGUAGAACCGCUGCAGCGCUUCCAGCAACAGCUCUAUGAUCAACUAGCAGUAGUUUACGAGCCAUCGCCAUCAUGCACCAGCGUUCUCAUUCAUGGAGAUUUUCAUUUUAAAAAUCUCCUUCACCGGCAGCGAGGCGACAGGAUAGUGGACACCGUUUUCGUGGACUAUCAGAUGUGUUGCUGGUCGUCUCAGGUGGUAGAUCUAUUGUAUCUUAUCUAUCUGAUACCAGAACAAACAGUCAAAGAUACUCAUCGUGACGAGAUUGUGCACUACUAUCAUCAAACAUUCAGCGAAGUGCUAGUGCGGCUGAAUUGCGUUGAACGAAUCCCGCGAUUGAUCGACCUUCAAGUGGAGCUGUUGCGUGCCGGAGCGCUGGAACUGUUUCAUUAUAUUGUGUUUUCCGCGUUUCGCUACAUCGAUAUGUCCACUGUGGAUCCAGAACAAUUUUUCUUGGGUCGAGUGAAAAAUCCAGCUUUUGCGAUGAUGGAAUUCCAGCAAACUAUUCGAAAAGAGCUACCGCGAUUGAAAUACCAGGGCAUAAUUUGAAAAAGUCUAACCGGUUGAAGAGGAAAGGCACAAUCGGUUCGAAGGUCAAUAUCGUUGGUGCCGUUUUCAGUACUCCAACAGAGCGCUUCGUGAAUAGACGUGUCUCAUAAAUAGCAUCCCCAG